ACUGGAUUCAAAGGCUUCCCUUGACCACGUGACUAGUCUUAUUUUAGUCUCUACAUUUGGGGUGGCUUACACUGCAGUCAAUGGAAUAGUUCUUUCUAUGUUUGUCUCGACGUCGGUUGGUUUUCAGAGCGGAUAAUCUUACACGCAUCUGCAGCACGCGAUAGUGAUGCGGUAGUGCUGUCCAGACAAGUCCGUAUCUAGGUUGUGUAGAGACAUUACAACGCAGUGCUUACCGUUCACUGGAGGAUAUACAGUGGAGGUUUAUUGCGGAGUGUUCGUUGCGGACCAUUUGAAUUUAAGAUACAGCUGACACCAUUAAAAAAACUAACGCGAUUAAGAGAGCAACUUGGUUGAAACUUGAGCCAAGGUGGAAAAUCCUAAACGAAGAACACAACUACAACUGAAGUGGGCUUACUUAAGGAUAUAGUAUUCAUCGGAGUAUUAACCGACUAGACUCAAAUAUGUCGAGCACAAGACUUCACCACUGGAAGCACAGUCUGAUGAUGUUAGUGUUAGUGUGCGGGUGGAUACAAGGGGGAUUUGCCACAAUACAGAAACGGUCCUCAUGCCGGGCUGACAGCUGCACAGAUGUCCGACCUCGCCCUGUGUGUGGCAAUGAUGGGCGCACUUACGAGUCCAGGUGCGAGCUGAAGAGGGUGAAGGCGUGUGAGGGAAGAAGCGAUCUGGAAGUCCGCAGCAAAGGCGAAUGCCCAGACCCAAAUGCAUCAAAAUGCAUGCAGGAGCGUCGCACGGCGCUGAAGACGGUCUCAGAGGGUACGAGUCGGUCUGGGGUGUACGUUCCCCAGUGUGAGUCUGACGGCAGUUACGCCAAGGUGCAGUGUCAUGAAGCGGCGCGCUACUGCUGGUGCGUCAACACCCUGGGCAAACCAAUUCCUAACACCUCCACCGCAAUGGGAGAGAAGGUGGUGUGUAGGGCCAUGCCCAAUCCCACCCCAAGCGGUGGACAGAAGGGGUGUAAAGCAGAGGAAAGAGAAGAAUUUAAUGCCAAUUUGAUCAAACAAUUUGCCGAGGAAUAUGAGAGAAUACCACGCCCGCAGAAAUCCUCCUCUCCUCUCUCCGGCCUAGCAACGGGCGGCUUACCAAUCAAAUCUGACUCAGAUUCUAUAUUGGAUACGCAUGAAAAACGGGUAACAGAGUGGAAAUUUUCCGAAUUGGAUCGCGACAAAGACAAUCAGCUGAAGUCCCGAGAAACCAGAAAUUUACGUAAGAUGGUGAAGAAGCUUGUGAAACCAAGAUCCUGUGCCAAGAAGUUCCUGAAGUUCUGUGAUACAGACAAUAAUAAGAAGAUCAGCAAUCAGGAGUGGUCGAUCUGCCUAGGGGUUGAUGUCAAUAUUUCUUUUCAAUUAUUCUUAUCCCUGGACUCAGUGGGGACCCGUUCCAAGCACCAGAUGACGGCAGAUGGGGCAGCCAAAGAAGGUUUCCUUUUCCCGUCAGCACCCCGCAGUGAGCCAACCCUUGGGAAGAUGCAAAUGCAUAUCCCCAUACGAGACAGGCCUGGUCUCAGCGAGAGAAAAACAGACAAAGAAAAAGAGGACCGAGUCAAAAGUUGUCGGGAAGAGAGGGAAUCAGCCAUUCAGAUGGAUCAGAAUAGUCCUCAAGACAGCAUCUUUAUCCCAAGUUGCACUUCAGAGGGCAAAUACGACAAGGCGCAAUGCCAUACCUCGGUAGGGUACUGCUGGUGUGUUGACCAGGAUACGGGCAGACCCAUACCAGGGACAUCUACGCACAAAGUGAAGCCAAACUGUGACAACCCGUGGAAAGGCUGUGACAAAAAACGAGAAUUUUUGGUGGAACUUCUUGAUGACAUGACCACGGAAAUGGUGGAAUAUGCAUCAGGCAAUAAAACAGACAAAAGCAAACUGGUGUCUGGGAACCCUAACAUAUCUCUGGAAGAACGGGUUGCACGAUGGAAACUGCGAGUCUUAGACAGAAACAAUAACAUGAUGUUGGACAGACGGGAGUUACGAAAAUUAAAGAAGGAAGUCAGAAAAAAGAAAUCUUUCAAAAAGUGCGGACGUCAUUUUGUUGAAUAUUGUGAUGCUGAUAAUAACAAAAAAAUAACAGUGGAAGAAUUUCUAGGCUGCUUAGGAGUGAACGACCAACCUAAGAAUAAUAUGCCGGCAAGUGCUAAGCGUCGAGGCCCCAACCCAUUCAGUAAGUACUUGAUAGGCUCAUGAAUGUAGAUCCUGCGUAGACUUUAUGCACUGCAAGGCUUCCUUUGCUGCCACUGUCAUCACCAAGCACAAACUUUAAUUCAAGAGUGUGAAUUUGUCUAGCUACUGGCCCCAUCUAGCGGAUUGCCGGUUCAAGUGAAAGUGAAAGUGAAACAAUUCAGAAGCCAAUGUUGCACAGAUGGCACAGUGUGCCUUUGCAGUUAAAUGCCGGAUUCAUUCACAGGAUUUUCAGCGUGGAACGGGAUUCACCAUUUCUCAGGAUUAAGGAAGGUCAAGAGGGAGACAACACCGUAAAUGAGUCCUUACUCCUCUGCGUCUGCAGUGCGAUUCACUGUCAGAACAGCGGAGAGAUGCAUUUGUUCAUUCUUUGCUAUUCUACAAAGAUCAUCAGCACGUCCGGACUGACCUGAAGUUAAAAUUAUCUCCAGUUUAAAUUGCGUCAUUAAUUGAAUAUACAGCUAUUUCCUUAUCUGUGGCGCAGUGGAAACUCUUUUAAAUCACCAAUAUAGAGAUGGUAUGACUUUUCUUUAGUUUUAAACUACUAUAAAUUAUCAAUAGUUGUUGAGAAAUAUUGAUUGUAUUAUUAUUGGAUUAUUGUGAAUCAAUUUUGGUCUAAGUUAUGUUCUGCUCUGUCGUGAAGAUUUAUGCACGUGGCUCAAGAGUAUGCGUAAGGGAUAUCAAUAUUACAAUUUUUGGGAAAUAAAAGGCAUUAUGCCAAAAACGUGUAAAGAAAAUGAUUGAAACCAAGGGAACUCAGCAGCGGAGUUGACUGGGUAAAAAGGAGUUUUAAUUUUUUAUAUCUUGGAGUGUUGACAGAUAAAAAGAUGUCGUGACGUGAUGAGUGGAUAAAAACGCUCUGACAAUCUAACUUGUAAUGACAAUACAAGUUCAGCUUCGUCUUUCUUGUUGCCUUCAGUUAGAUCGUGUUCUGUUAACUAAUUUAUUUUACCUCUAUUAUUAUACAGUGUUGUACAAAGUCAAUUAUCAAUAAAAAGGAACCUGGUCGGCAGAAAAUGCUUCUGGAAUCAAGCCAUGUGCUAGCCGGUUGACUGCUUUCAUAUUGAUACCUAAAAAUUGCAUAUUGCCUUUGGUUUCUAUGUACAUGUAGGCCUACAUCGGCUUACGCGGUAGCAUCUGAUCACUGAAAUUUUGCCUCAGUCAAUUAAGACUUAAUAGUAAUGGAUGCACCUAUAAAUGUAUAAUUAACCCAUGAUACGUUUUAGUGUCUUGCCUAUUAUUUUUGAUGAACAAACAGAAUGUGAAAAAUCAGUUUCUUCAUUAGACUCAGAGAAUAGUAAAAAAAUCCGACAUCAAAGUGUUGUAAAGUUAAAGGAGGACCAAGUUAUCAAAUAUAAUAUUUCAUGAAUGUCUAUGAAAUACUGCAACGAUGUAUAGGAAUUGUAAUUCGUGGUAAAAUAUGGUCACUUCAACCCUGUGUUUUUGUGGUAAAUAAAGAAAUAACAUCAGACUUG